GAAGUGUUUCACAAUGAAGAAAUAUAUUCUCCUUGAUAUGAAAGCUUUUGCUGAUUUAUUAUUGCAAAGUUAAGAAAAUAUUUUUCCGGGUUUUGUCUAUCCUCAUCAUCGCGUUUUUGUUUAACUUCCGGUGUCAUGGCAGCGCACAGAGUCGUUUGACUUUCCACACAAUCUAGCAUUUUUGACCUGAAGAGAAACAAGCAACCAGCCAAUAAUGUCGGAGGAAACGGAGGACAUCCUGAAUAUGGUCGAGAGUCUGAGGGUGACGUCGGACGAACCCGAGAAAUGUCUGGACCGAAUCCUCAAGUUCCUCCUGAUCGAACAAGAUGAAGAGGAUUUGGACCAAGCGUUGGAAGCCGCUGUGGAGAAAGGCAUGCUGGGAGAUCUUUAUGACAUUAUGACACACACCUCUAAUGGUACAUUAUGCAAGGUCAUCCAAAUUCUGGCAGAACUCGGCAAAACAGAGUCCAUCAGAGAGCCGUGUGUCAUCCAAGGCUUUAUUCCGAUUCUUCUGCAGCAGUUGAAAUCUGAUGACAUCACAAUGGCUACGCAGGCUUGUCGUGCCCUCGGAAAUAUCUGCUUCGAAAACGAUCUUGGAAGAAAUGCAGUGGAUGAAAAUGAUUUCAAAGGCAUUCUGUUAUUUCUUCCUUUCCAAACUUGGGGGGGCAGACAUACUGCCCCCCAGACCAUUGCCUGUGGUUUCCUAAUCCUUUUGAAUGUCACCAAUACACAUGAUGGCCUGAUGCAGAAGGCGGUAGACGGUGGUGCCCUGGACGUCCUUGAUGAGUACAUCAGGUACCACCAGGAGGACCACGGACUGUGUAACAUGGUACUGCUGACCGUGGGGAGCUUUAUUGAUUCAGAGAUUUGUCGUCAGAAAUUCUCAGAGUCUUCCUUGUUGUCAACCAUUGUGAGAUUGCUGGACACGCAUGCUGGAGAGGUGUAUCAAGAGACAGUCCUAGAUCUCCUCAUCAAUCUCUCAGAGUGGGAUGAAGUGAAGGAUCUCCUAGCAGAGACCAGCCUUAGUAACAACCUGAUUCAGAUCAUACAAGUCAACCAGGGCAAACUGGACCCCGAGAGUCAACAGCUCAUCAAGAUGGCCUCCGAUCUACUGAUUCUCCUACUAACUGGAGACAAAGGAGCGGAGGCCAUGUUUGCCAAUGGAGAGGGUCCAGUGUUUGUGGAGUCGGUCAAGUGGCUGGAGGAUGAAGACAGCCGGCUACAAAUGGCUGCCGUCCUGGCCAUAGGCAACUUUGCCAGGAAUGAUAACCAUUGUCAAAGACUGGUUGAGGAGGGGAUUGUAGAACAACUGCUAGAAUUACUGAAAUCUCACAGAGACCAUGAGGCAGACAUGACAUUACAUCAUGCCAUCCUUAGUGCCCUCAGAAACCUAGCUAUUCCAGCCAGAAAUAAGCCUGCCUUGUUAAUGGCGGGCGUCCUUGAGACGGUCCUACUUCUGAUGUCCUCGGAGACGAUGGCCGUUGUGUUCAAACUCCUGGGUGUUCUCCGAAUGUUGGUGGACGGUCAAGAGACAGCAGCUCUACAGUUGGGAACUGACCGUUUGUUUAUGGACCGUCUAGUGGGCUGGUGUGAGGUGGACGAACAUGCAGGGGUUCAGGGUGAAGGGACAAGAUUACUGGCCUCCCUGGUUAAGAACGGUCGAUCAGUGGAGCUGAUGAGAAACGUCAUCAAAUGUCAAGGUAUCCCUCCACUGGUUGCCAUGGUAUCCUCCGAACACCUGGUGAUGCAGAAUGAGGCUCUGGUGGCCUUGACCUUAAUUUGUUCCACAGUAUUAGAUGAAGCUGCACUUCCACUUAAACAGUCUGAACUGACAGAAACCAUAUCAUCUCUUCUUGGCAAUAAAUCAACACUGCCAGAAAUAUUAUGCAACACACUUACGCUAACCAAAACUCUCUGCAAUGCAGUGUCUCAAUCUUCUCCAAACACCCUUUCCUGCAAACUAUUGGUCUGUGCUGGACGAGCCACUGACAUUCCACAAUCCUUGAGAGAUGAGAUUAUGACCUCUGGUAUCCCUGACAUCGCCCGACAACUCUCCUCCCACGAAGAGGAAAAAGUCCGAGAGGCCGCCAACACGUUUCUUGCCAUUUUUGAUGACACCACCCUGGAGAGAUGAAAAGUUUCACAGUGGAUAAACAUUAACACUUGAAAGAAAGGUCCUCUGUUUUUUUGGAGGAAGAAUGAGAUGAAGCAAUGUCAUUGCCAAAAACCUGAGAGACUCAGUUGGCCCAAGCACUAAGUACGAGUAGCAAAACACCUUAUACAUCUAUUGUCUUUUCAGACACUAGAUUUCACAGCUCAAAGGCGUGUAUUAUAACCAGUGAUUCCCUUUUUUGUUUUCUGUGUAGUUUUCAGUGGUGUUGAUUGUAAUGUAUUUAUAUGUUUUGGUACUAUUUCAUCAGGAGAGAAGUAAAAAAAGGCAAUAACAAAAUUAUUCUUUACAAAAUGAUAAAUGUUUGCUUUUCUGAAGAUUUUUUUUUUGAAGGUUAUUUGUUGUGAUUUUUUAAAUUUUUUUUUUAACUUGUUGUGUCUUGUUUUUACUGUUUGACCAAAAAUGUAGAAAGAAGAAAGAAGGCAUCUUUUUAAGAGUGAAAAUUAAUACAAUGUAUCACAUUACAACAAUAAUUAAUUUACUGAAUGGAUUUAAAAAUGCAGAAAUGUACAACAUAAUAGGUUAGGAUGGAUCUGCAAAAUUUUUUUCAAAAAGUUGCCUGUUACAGGCUGCAGUACCUCAACUGAAAAUUUUUAAAAUGUGUUAAAGACUAUUUGUAUACAUGUACUUGUUUUAGAGUAUUUCAAAUCUUCCUCAUGUAUAACU